UCGCCUCUUGGGGUAAUCGAUCAAAUCACUUUGAAACCCGUUCUUUAAAACUGCACCCUUGAGCCCAAGACCCCGACCCAUGCGGAGACGCUGAUCCGUGCCAAACAAAACACGCAUUUUACGGUGCAUGCAGUACCCUGGGCGGUACGUAUGGCACCCGGGUUCCAGGAUGUCCAGACGACCAUCUCUGCAAGCGCUUCAUGUCACGCCACUCUCAGACACUUGUGUCUAGCGUGGAUAUCGAAUCACGUACAGCAGUAGAUACAUUAAGAGAACGUUUGAUACUUCGCCCGAUAUAAUUCCAUCGCAUGGUGAUGUGGAGCCCUCGCCUUCUCCUCUCCACCCCUUCGCAUUUGUCCUUUCCCCGGAUGUCUUUUGCCUCUUGUUUUCCCGCCGCCUCUCAGGCGGAUGCCGCGAAGCGAGAGCUGCUGCGACAAAUUUACGACAAGUACGAAGGGUGGGUGAAGGUGGGAGGGCCCAACUCUCUCACGGAGGGCACGAAUCCUGAGCCGAGAGAGUUCACGGUGUCGGUGGUGUUCGUCAUGUCGAAGGAAACCGCGCCUCCCGAGGGGGAGCUGGUCGGGGAUAUCCUCUACGUGGCGGUGCCGGAGGGGUACCGGAACAUCGUGCUCAAGACCAAGGCCAUGCUGUGCCUGGUGCGGCACUUCGACUUCGAGUUCCUGCUCAAGGCCGACGACGACUCGUUUGUGUGCCUGACGCGCAUCGCCUCCAUGCUGCACGACCUAGACCCGGAGAUCAGCGGCAAGGUCUACGCCGGCGUGCCCACGGCGUGCAACCAGAGCACCAAUCCGGACUACUGGAACGGAAGGGUUAUGAAGAACCCCGACCACCGGUGGUUCGACAGCAAGUACGUGCAGCACACCCUGGGCGGCCUCGAUUGCUUCCCUGCGUACAUGCAGGGAGCUUUUUAUAUCCUGGCCCAACCUCUUGUAGAGCACCUCUACCGGGGCCACGAGCACUUGGAGUGCUUCACCAACGAGGACGUUACGAUCGGCUCCUGGCUCAUGGGGGUGGACCGCGAGAUGGUGGAGAUGUACAACCUUCACACGUCCCACCUGUGGGACUGCCUGUGCGCCCGCACCCAGAUAACGGUCAAGACCCGCAGGAAGCAGAUGUUCUUCCACAACUGCAAGGGGUUGUCCCAGCUCAAGCUGUGCGGGACGCGCCUCCUGAGACCGGGCGUCGGGUGCUGACGAUUCUUCUUCUGGGUGCCUCCCUACCGCCUUUCAUUGCUUCUAGAAUGUUCUACGAUAGAAUGUUUUCCUCGUUUCGUCUUUCCUGGCCCGGCCUGGCCUGUCUCUGCUUUGGUUUUGUCUGAGUUAUCGAGGGGUAAUAUCGUUUGGUUCGGCAGCGGCCAUCAUACCGUUGUCAUGCCAGUCCUGUGUGAAAGUACUCGGUUUUGUGGUGCUCGCACAUUCAAGCCGGUUCCUGCGGCCUGUACACGGGCGGUGCGUUGACGUUGUCCUUACUGUAGGAAUUUAGGUAAACAUUGUUGUAGCCGCUGUUGGCAGGCAGUCGUGAUGUCACCGCCCCCCCCUCGUUUGCGGCCAGGCACCGAUCGGUCGGGGCUGGGUGUUCUAUUAUUUUUCUAGGAGGUGAAGACUUUUUUCACGGCGGCAUCGAGUGGUGAGCACCUUUCCUGGUGCCUAUUUUGGCCGUACGGGACAGGACAAGACUGUUAGUUUUCUCCCCGCGCUGCUGCUGCUGCUGCUGCUGUUGGCGCUCUUCGUUCGUGUCGAAGCACGCGCGCCCUUGUUUUUUGCUUCCGCUUCUUUGGGUCUGUCUGGAGUAGCUGGUGAAUGUGGCUUGGUUGUUUUGGUGGCGCACCACGCCGACGAAGCUUUUUACGACGGAUCACGCGUGUCUUUUGAGAAACGGACGGAAGAGGAAACAGGAGCUCCGCUGCUAUCGGCGGAUGCUCGCAGUUUGUUGCGCUGCGAUGCGGCGCGCGAAGUUUGUGUUUGGACUUUAUGAGAGAGGUCAUUAGUGUGCACCCAACGUUUUAAUUUGUUCGGGUGGUUGUGGGUGGGUUCGCGGUUUAUGCCGCUAGGUUCGUCAGCACGCUGUGUGGGCUUUUUUGGGGUAUAUAUCGAAAGAAGUGGUCGGUGUGCAGAUGUGGGUGUGGCGGGCCCGCUUACUUUGACGUGUACGAUGCUAAAUUGAUGCAAGCAGAGACGACGAGGGGAAGGAUGGAUGGGCGCCACUUGCGCUUCCGGUUUGUAAGUCUUGCUUUUUAACGACGAGCGAACAUCGUCGGCUUUCGUUUGUAUGCGACGAUAAGGCGAUGUUCGGGGCACCUGGUUGUCUGCAGGCCGUACUAUAGCGCAUUAAAGUAGAGGAGAGGUAUUCAGGGCACCGGGCCGGGUGUAAGGUGUGUGUCUGAUUCACAGUAUUUACAGCAAUUUUAAGGGUGUACUUCGUUCACUCAAGCCAACCCACGUGUAUUUAAGGUGGCGAGAGAAGGCAUACAGAUUGGCCAAGUUGUCAGUCAACCAAGAUUCAUCUGGGUGGCCGUGGCGUGAAUGCCGUGGAAGUAUUCUUGCACGCGCGCGACGUCGGAAGCACGUCGCGGUGCCGGAGCUUGUAGAGUUUACUGCUUUUGUGAUUGUCAACAUUUCGAUCGUUUUGUUUUCUCUCGUCUCGUCACGAGAGAUGAAGGAAAGUUGGAGCGGGCCUGCUCUGUUUCCAAUGAAGCUCCGACACGUCCAGCGUGCGGAGAGCAACAGAGGGGGGGGGGGGGUACUUGAAGUUUGGCAAGAGCCAGUGGUAUCCAUCAGUGGUUUUGUUUCGCGACGGCGUGCGAAGUGCAAAGCGGGUCAGGUGCAACGUUAUUUUUUGCUCAUUCGUUCGUUUUAGAACAUGCGGUGUAACUGACUGCCUAAAUUGUACUGGUAAUAAUAUGUUGUGUUGCUGCACACAGACAAUCGUUCCACCGCGUGUGGCUAUCAUUGUUGUUUUUGGAAGGUAUCUACGUAGAUUUUGAUGGCUGUUGCUACAAUAGUAGUUGUGUAGGUGUCGCACACAAAUAUUUGUAAGGGAUACUCGUGUUCUCUCGCUGUUUCUUUGUGUGUAGAUGUUUCCGUGGGUCGCAUAGUAGAGAGAGAGAACGAGCGCUCGAAUGGGGGGGUGUUUUCGUCGUCAGGUUGCCGACACAGAAAUACCAUGUAGUGUGUGGGCAUGUACACCACGACCCUCCUUCAUACCCCGGCCACGGAAAGUAAGUGAAGUUCUCGUCGCACGGGGAAGACUGUGGGGAGGUAGAGGGAGUCCGUGGGGCUACCCACCAACUCCCUGGGUAGGUUGGUGUGGGUUUUGUAUAGAAAAAACGCAUGGCCCCGUGAUCGGCAAAGUGGUAUAUAUGUAAACCACUGCUGAGACCCGGGUCGUUUCAAUAGAGCGGUGAUGGUGGUUAGUGGUGGGGUGAGGCGCGACAGGACAGGGGAGACACGUGCGUCAUGAGGUCUAGAGCAAGGACAUCU